AAAAAGGGGGAAAAAUGGGAAAUCGCAGUGGAGUCUGACCAGGAUUUUGAACUUGAAUCAUUUGCUUACUUUUAUUUGAAAUAAUUUCACCUGCGUGGUGAUAAACAUGGAUAAGAUUUUCGGAUCUUUAAAGAGUUUAUUAAAGCUCAAUUCCACUGUUAUUGACAACAAUGUAUUUCGUUUGCAUUAUAAGUUUACUGUUAUAAUAUUGCUUGCAUUUAGCAUUCUCGUUACUUCAAAGCAAUAUAUUGGAGAUCCGAUUGACUGCAUAUCGAGGGAUGACAUUCCAAACAAAGUACUGGAUUCGUUCUGUUGGAUUCAUUCCACAUUUAGUGUGGAAAGCGCAUGGCAUAAAAAAGUAGGUGAAGAAGUACCAUAUCCUGGCGUGGAUAAAUUUACUCCUAAUGAAAAACGUGUGUACCACGCAUACUACCAGUGGGUAUGUUUCGUUCUUUUUCUUCAAGCCAUCAUGUUUUAUAUUCCUCGAUAUUUAUGGAAGAUGUGGGAAGGAGGAAAAAUUCGUGCCAUAAUUUUAGGUCUCAAUUCUCCUAUUUUAAACGAAGAAAAGAAAGAAGACAAUCGCAAAGUGCUUGUUGAUUAUCUGACCAAUCACAUGGGGCAUCAUAAAUUAUAUGCUGCUGAGUAUUUCUUCUGCGAAGUUUUGAAUUUUAUCAAUGUUGUGGGACAAAUGUAUUUAAUGGAUGCUUUUCUUGGUGGUGAAUUUUCUUCAUAUGGACACAAAGUAUUCCAGUUCACUGAAUGGGACUACUCUGUUCGUUACGACCCUAUGAUUCAUGUCUUCCCGCGUCUCACUAAAUGCACCUUCCAUAGGUAUGGUUCAUCAGGUGAUGUUCAGCGUCAUGACGCUAUGUGCAUCCUUCCAAUUAAUAUCAUCAAUGAAAAGAUCUAUGUCUUCUUGUGGUUUUGGUUUGUUCUUCUUGCUGUGUUCUCAUCUUUGAUUUUGGCAUUCCAUUUGGUGAUUUUCGUCUGGCCUCAGUCUCGUUUCCUGGUUCUGAGAUCUCGUGCGCGUUUAGCACGACCUGAUUAUUUGGACAUCGUCCUGCGUAAAUGUUCUCUCAGCGACUGGUUUGUUUUGGAUCUCCUCUGUAAAAAUAUCGACAGUUUGAACUAUCGGGACUUAAUUAACGAUUUAGCGCGAAGAUUGGAGAGAAAAGCUGUUGACAAUACAAUGCCAUGAGUUUAUGAAUUGACACAUUAGGCCUAACGCCGUUUUUUUUUUCUUUGUUUACUAUCGUAUAUUUUAAUCAUCCACAUUCAAGUAAGUAAUGCAAUUCAGUAAUCGUUUUAAAUCUAAGCCGAUAGAAUUUUUUUUUAAUUUACGUAUUUUUUAUGUGUGAGUAGUACUUGUGAUGUCCCUUAAUUAUUUUUUAUAUAUCUGACAAAUUUGUGAAAAACCAAACUAUUUUUAUACUGUUCUUUUUUUAACCGUUGUAAGCUAUCAUCGACUAUUUUAUUCUAAUUUCAUCUAAUAAUAAAGUGAUAUAAAAAUUUUAAAUGCCAUUUUAAAUUUUAUACAUUGUGAUUAAAUAGGUCAAAAUAUUUUUUUUGAUACAUUUCAAUUAUAUCUAAUGUUUAUCGAAUUUCUUGGAAUGUAAAUAUUGUUUUUAUAAUAAAAUUUAAUUUAAUUUGAGUGUCCAACUAAAUAUUGCUCAAAAUAAUUUAUACUCAUUUAGGGACCAAUAUGUAAUGCAUUCCAUAUUAACCAACCAAGAAACCAAUUUACUGCCAAAUGUAUUUUUUAUAUGUGUUGUGUAUUUUGUUCUUUGUGUGGGAAUGGACUUUUCCAUUUUAAUUGCUAUAUAUAUUUAAUAUUUUUAUGCAAAUUCCAUUUGGAAGAAUCCAAAUUGGAAGGUCGGUUAGGUGCACAUACUCUGAAAUUUUGAUAUAAAACUUUUUACGAUUCAUAAAUAGUGCUGUUAGCACUCAUACUGUUGACAUUUUAUAUUUCUUACAUGAAAGCAAUAGCUAAUUAUUUUUAUACAUCUUACUGUAUACAAUUUUAUAGUGUUUAUGUGGUGACAAUCUUGUAUAUAAAUUUAACUAGAUGAAUUUAAUGUAUGCAGGAUAAUUUUUAAAAGCUAAAAAGCUUAUUUGUGCACUUAAAAUAAAAUUAAUUCAGCAAAUAUAAUCAUUAAAAUGAUAAGGAUGUAGUACUGAUCAUAAAUUUAUAAAUAGGUUUUGGAAAUAAGUUUCAAGCGUAUUUAUCACGAUAUUAGAUUUGUAGAAUAUAGACGCAAAAUAAUUAAAUGUAUAAGGUGCCUUUUGAUGUUUUUAUAUUUGAAACAUAUUUAUGCUGUUUUAAGCAUACAUUUUUAUGAAUUUGUCAAUAUUAUCCAUGUACUGUGGUUAGAACAUAAGUAAUUUACUGAUGAUUAGACUUAGAAAUUUAGUAUCAAAUAUUUUUUUGUACAAUAUUAAUUUAUUUUUGGGGAAGAUUUCUCUAGGGGAGAUUUCCGUAUCCAGAAUAAUCGUCAAGUCUUGGAGACUUCCCCGCUAGAAACUUUAAAAAGAAAAGAAAAAAAAGCAUCAUAGAAAGGUAUAACUCGUAGCCACCCUCGAGUAAACGUCUACACGUUUUUUAAAAAAAAA